CCUCCCUCUCUCCUUCUCCAGCUUCAACCCGCAACCUGGUAAGUCUUGCUAUAUUCCCCUUCCUCACCCUCUCCCACUACCCCCCUUCUCUCUCUCCCCGGCUGGUUCCUCUCCAAUAUUGUCACCCGAUCACACACCUCUAUUCCCUUCCUCUCCUUUCCUUAACGGCCACCGCUUUCUCCCCCUGAUUUGUCCUGCCCGCCGUGUUUCCCCGGCGUGACUACCUUAACCUGAUUACCUUCGCCCCUCGUCCACCACUCCAUUCCAUCCGUCAUACCACUUGCCCUUUUACCCUUAUACUAUACCUUCCCCCUCCUCUGCCCGACGUCACUAGACCUUUGAAUCUCACGCAACCGUCGUCAUGGGUCUCACUUUCUCCAAGUUGUUCGACCGGCUAUGGGGCCGCAAGGAGAUGCGUAUUCUGAUGGUCGGUCUCGAUGCCGCCGGUAAAACCACCAUCCUGUAUAAGCUCAAGCUGGGUGAAAUCGUCACCACCAUCCCCACGAUUGGUUUCAACGUCGAGACCGUCGAAUACAAGAACAUUCAGUUCACCGUCUGGGACGUCGGUGGUCAGGACAAGAUCCGUCCUCUCUGGAGACACUACUUCCAGAACACUCAGGGUAUCAUUUUCGUUGUCGACAGCAAUGACCGUGACCGUAUCGUCGAGGCCCGUGAGGAGUUGCAGCGCAUGUUGAACGAGGAUGAACUCCGUGAUGCCCUUCUCCUGGUGUUCGCCAACAAGCAAGAUUUGCCGAACGCCAUGAGCCCUGCCGAGAUCACUCAGCAGCUUGGUCUGCAGAGCCUCACCCGCCGCCCCUGGUACAUUCAAUCCACCUGCGCCACGACUGGUGACGGUCUGUACGAGGGUCUGGAGUGGCUUGCUGAGACGCUGCGGAAAACGAACCGCGACUAAACUGAUCAUCUAAUGAGUGGAAGAAUACCUGGAAGUUUGUGAACCUGGGAGUUGCGGAUGCUGGAU